AUGAGACUAUCGAUCUCCAACAUAAUUACGCUGAAAGUUAACAGUUGGUGUAGACUACAACGCGUAAUCAGAAGUAGAAAGCACGCUGGUCAUACGCCACGUACUCGUGGUUCUAUUAUUGUUUUUCGUUUUGUUCUGUAUUCUGUAUUGUGCUUUUUAUUAACGAUCGGGGAUUCGAAUUGGAGAUCAAAAUCCAAGUCAAGGGCGUUUUGUUAUCUGGAACCCAUUCGAGGAACCGAGGCAGGACUGGCUGCUGCUGCAGAACUCAAGCCCCCGGAGGAGAGGACCAAGGAGGAGAGGAUGGCGAUAAUGGGCAAGCCCAAAUUGGGCGAAAAUAAAGUUGCCCAAGUUAGGAUCAAGGAGUCCAAGGAAUUCAAGAACACCGUUGACAAACUAGUACAGCGAGCCAAUGCGUCCAUUAUUCUGGGUACGAGCUCGUGGAAGGAACAAUUUACGGAAGCACUUACAGUCAGCGGGGGAGACGACGACGACGACGCCGAAGCCGACGCCGAGGGUAGAGUUUCAACCCCAUCUACGGCGGACUAUCUCAUGCACUCACUCACUAUCUUCUGGAAGGUCUUGUUCGCGUUCGUUCCUCCCACCAAGUUUAUCCUAUGCGGCGAGCUGAACUCAGUCAACCCGAAAGAUGCUAAUGGCUGCGACAUAAAUCCAGCGGGAGAGAAAGAGGGUGAAAUGUUGGGUGCUGUCACAGAUGGCAACAGCCAUGUAGUGGUGGUAUUAUUAUGUGUGGUAGUAGGUGAGCUGGAAGCUUUGAAAUCUCCUGGGAAUCGUGGUAGCUAUUGUUUACUGAAUGAUCCCCUCAGAGCCCCGCUCGCCACGGUUGUCUGGUUCAACAUUCAGUCGGACUACCAGCCACGGAAUCGCAUGCACACUGAGGAGAGACUUUAG